AAAGCAAAGCAAUGUUUCUUUUUCCAUAUUAUUCAAAAGAUAAAGUAAACAAGAAACUCAUAUAUUGCACAAUAGUCAUAACAUUUACAGUGCGGUACAAGACAUCAAGGAGGAGGAAGCCAUGUUUAACGACAUGUUGCUACGCCUCUUCCUGAAGGCAGUCUGUGCGGCUAUCAGCACUGAUGUUACCCAGUUUAAUCCUGGAGAAUCCCAGCUUUGGUCUAUGGCGAGAAGCAGCAGCAAUUCUAAAGUCGACGGCGAAACAGCAUUGUACAAUACAGAUGGUAUCAUAAGCCUGCAUGGCUAUGGAAAGCUGGAAGUACUGCUUUUGGAGACAUCAAAGUAUUUUGAUAGUAUCGAUAGUUUCCAAUACAGCUUCGACCAUCAUGAAGGAUUGUUCGGCUCUUUGUCGAUGUUGAAAGCCAUUGCAGACGCCUACUCCAUUGGCAACAUGCAAACUUUCGGCAAAGUGAAGGAUUUUUUUGUCCAUGCGGCAGAGAAAACUGUUCGCCUCUGGUCCAUCAGAUACGUACCAGAAGGAUCAGCUUAUGAGCUUUGA